ACACUCUUAGCUGGGUGCAGGGUGCGGCUCAGGGCGUGGUCACCGGGGGCUACUUAGGGCGGCCGGUACGCGACCGGCACGGAGGUCCGCUGCGAGGCUGAGGGCACUGGCACUGGCCAUGGCGUGGAUCCUGGAUUGCCUCUUCGCAUCGGCCUUCGAGCCCCGCCCCCGCCGUGUGAGCGUUCUGGGAGGAGCCCCAGGACACAAUCCGGACCGCAGGACGAAGAUGAUAUCAAUACACAGCCUCUCUGAGCUGGAGCGUCUGAAGCUUCAAGAGACUGCUUACCACGAACUCGUGGCUAGACAUUUCCUCUCUGAAUUCAAUCCUGAGAGAGCCCUACCUAUUGACCGUCCAAACACCUUGGAGAAGUGGUUUCUGAUUCUGAGAGGACAGCAGAGGGUUGUCUCUCUCAAGACCUUUGGCAUCCGUCUGGAAGAGGCUCUGGUGAACGAGCUUACCCGCCGCAAGCAUUUGGAACUGACUACAGCCAUGCAGAUUGAAGAAUCCAGGGGUCAGGCUGCGCGCCGUCGUGGAAACGUGGUGCAAAGGAUGUUUGGCCGUAUCCGGCGCUUUUUCAGUCGCAGGCGGGAUGAACCCUCCUUGCCCCCGGAGUUCACUCGCCGUGGACGUCGAGGUGCAGUAUCUGUGGACAGCCUGGCUGAGCUGGAGGAUGGGGCCCUGCUGCUGCAGACCCUGCAGCUUUCCAAGGUUUCCUUUCCAAUUGGCCAGCGACUUCUGGGAUCCAAAAGGAAAAUGAGCCUCAAUCCGAUUGCUAAACAAAUCCCCCAGGUGGUGGAGGCUUGCUGCAACUUCAUUGAGAAACAUGGCUUAAGCACAGUGGGGAUUUUCACCCUUGAAUACUCUGCUGCCAAAGUGCGUCAGCUCCGUGAAGAAUUUGAUCAAGGUCUGGAUGUAGUGCUGGAUGACACUCUGAAUGUGCAUGAUGUGGCUGCACUCCUCAAGGAGUUUUUCCGUGACAUGAAGGACUCUCUGCUGCCAGAUGAUCUGUACAUGUCUUUCCUCCUGACAGCAACUCUGAAGCCCCAGGAUCAGCUUUCUGCCUUGCAGUUGCUGGUCUACCUAAUGCCACCCUGCCACAGUGACACCCUGGAGCGUCUGCUGAAGGCCCUGCACAAAAUUACUGAGAACUGCGAGGACUCCAUUGGCAUUGAUGGACAGCUGGUUCCAGGCAACCGUAUGACUUCCACCAAUUUGGCCUUGGUGUUUGGAUCUGCCCUCCUGAAGAAGGGGAGGUUUGCCAAGAGGGAGUCCAGGAAAACAAGGCUGGGGAUUGACCACUAUGUUGCUUCUGUCAAUGUAGUCCGUUCCAUGAUUGAUAACUGGGAUAUUCUCUUCCAGGUGCCUCCUCAUAUCCAGAGGCAGGUUGCUAAGCGAGUGUGGAAAUCUAGUCCGGAAGCCCUUGAUUUUAUUAGACGCAGGAAUUUGAGGAGGAUCCAGAGUGCACGGAUAAAGAUGGAAGAGGAUGCUUUACUUUCUGAUCCAGUGGAAAGCUCUGCAGAAGCCCAGGCUGCUGUCCUUGCUCAAAGCAAGCCCUUUGAUGAAGGUUCCUCUGAGGAGCCAGCUGUGCCUCCCGGCGGUGCUGCCCGUUCCCAUGACGAUGAUGAAGGAGCGGGUAACCCUCCCAUUCCGGAGCAAGACCGCCCAUUGCUCCGUGUGCCCCGGGAGGAGGCCAAAACUGACAUCGGCUACUUCUUUCCUUAGAUGUUUUUCCUUCUAUAAGAUGCCGGACAGGGGAAAAGGUGGGGUAGACCUGAGGUGUCACAGGAAACAUUACGGGGAGUCUUGAAGGUAAAGAUUUGCAGGUGAGAAGGAGUUCCAGCCUGAUGCUCGGGUCAGGUUGGGAAUUCCAAACACACUGUCAGCCCCUUCACUGGGGAUGCUUGGUCCCUUCAGCUGGUAGAAGCAGAGAUGUUUCUGUGUCAUGUCCAGGCUCCCUGUUGCUACCUUGCCUUCCCUUUGAACCCUGAUCCUGGCUUUCCCACACUACAGUCCUAUCUUUAAUUGAUGUGACAUUUGUGGUAAACACCUGUCCCAGAGAAGCUCACAAAUCUCGAGGUGCUUUCCCUCCCCCAAAGGGGAUUGCAUGUUUUUCCUGACUUUCCUACUCUCCUCCCAAGAGCUCAGUUGGAAAGGCCCUCAAGAGGCAUGCUAGGACGUUAGGUCA